AUGGACUUCAGAAGCAUGUUCCAGAAUCCCGAAAAUCAAUGGUCCAGCAAUACUCAGGUCUUCUUUCCGAACGAUCCGCAAUUUGCCAGUUCAACCGAAAGAUGGAACGCUUAUGAGCGACCGACGUACAAGGCCGCAGUUCGUCCGGGGAGUGCGGAAGAUGUGCAGAAGAUCAUCAAACUCGCCGCUUCCAACGAAUUCCCAUUUCUUGUGACUAGUGGAAACCAUGGCUACAGCGCUACCUUUGGCACAUUAGACGACGGCCUUGCUAUUGACAUGAGAAAUUUCAACUCUGUAACUAUCAACGCGGCAGCUAACACCAUGACCAUUGGCGGAGGCACCAUCUUCAAUCAAAUUUACGACCCUCUGUACAACGCGGGAAAAGAGAUCCAGUCCGGCGCUGUCUCUACUGUCGGAGUUCUCGGCAUCACUCUAGGUGGCGGUAUCGGUCGGUAUCAAGGUAUCCAUGGUCUACUUCUUGACGCAUUGCAAUCGGUCCGCAUGGUGACAGCCAAGGGUGACCUCAUCACCGUCUCGUCAGCGUCAAACUCUGACCUCUUCUGGGGCCUGCGAGGUGCUGGCAUGAAUUUCGGAGCUAUAACUGAGGCGACAUACCGCGUGAGCGACUUGACCAAUGGAGGGCAGGUCAGGAACGCAGACCUUAUUUUCCCAGUGAGUGCCGCACCCGAGUUCUUCAAAGCUCUUCCAAGUUUCAAAGCGAAACAGCCGAAGGAAAUGGCGUGCAUUGCGGUGGUCAUUUGCGACAAUGCUUCUGGUGAGGCACAAAUCCUCGUCAACUUCACUUUCCCAGGCCCAGAAGAUGAGUUUAUGAAGUUGAUUCAGCCAUUCCUGGACCUCAAUCCUGGCACCCAGGUCAUCAACACAUUACCGUGGAACGAACUGGUGACGAAAUCCGGUUUUGGAAUCGACGCAUUGCUCGGUGUCAAGGGACAACCGCAUAGCAUCUUCGGCGCCAACCUGAAAAAUAUUGACUCGUCGAAAUGGGUUGAGAUAUUCAACAGGAUGAAUAGCUUCUAUGCUUCGACACCAGCCGCCCGAACUAGCACCAUCGCACUCGAGGUUUUCUCGACUGAGGCCGUCGCUGCAGUACCUGAUGAUGCCACUGCUUACCCAUGGCGCGAUGCUCAGGCUUACGUCAUGUUUCAGAUGGGUUGGACCGAUCCCAGCGCCACCGACGCUGCCACCGCCCUCGCCAUCGAGCUGCGUAACAUGGUGGUAUCCACUUCUGGCUAUAGUGGUCUCACGACAUAUGUCAGUUACGCACACGGCGAAGAAACCCUGGAGCAAAAGUACGGUGCCAACAAGCUGCCCCGUCUCCAAGCACUGAAGAAGAAAUGGGACCCCAAAAAUGUAUUUGCGUACAACAAUGCCAUUGUCCCGUCUACGUAA